CCCCCAGGGAGCCCCAAAACGCCCUGAAAAUCCCCCCUAAACCCCCAGGGACACCCCUUCCUCCCCCCUCCAGUUUUGGGGCCCCCCCCCCCCCCCCCGAUAACACCCCCUCCCCCCCUGCAGUCAUGGCUUUCAUCACCUACAUCGUCGUCGCUGGUUUGGCGCUGGGCACCCAAGACAGAUUCUCCCCAGACAGCCUGGGCUUGCAGGCGAGCUCGGCGCUGGCCUGGCUCAUCGUGGAGGUGCUGGCCGUGCUCUUCAGCCUCUACCUCGUCACCAUCACCACCGACCUCACCACCAUCGACCUCCUCGCCUUCGCCGGCUACAAAUACGUGGGGAUGAUCAUCGGGCUCAUCUCCGGGCUCCUCUUCGGCCGCACCACGUACUACGUGGUGCUGAGCUGGUGUUGCCUCAGCAUCUUCAUCUUCAUGAUCAGGACCCUGCGGCUGAAGCUGCUGUCGGAGGCGGCGGCCGAGGGCGUACUGGUGCGAGGGGCCAAGAACCAGCUGCGGAUGUACUUGACCAUGGCCAUCGCCGCCGCCCAGCCCUUCUUCAUGUACUGGCUCACCUACCACCUCCUCACGUGAGGGGGGGCCCCCCCUGAACCCCAAUUUUUCCAACAGCCCACCCUGAUUUCCACCCCCACCCCCCCCCCAUCCCACUUUGCCCUUGGCUGCUUCAAUAAACGCCCAGGGAGCACUG